AUGAAUACCACAACUGGCUUUGUUAAUCUAAUGUAUAGUCAAUCUUCAGUUGAUCUUGAGUCACCCGAACCAGCUUGGUUCGGGUCCCAAGGUCCUGAUGAGUUUGUUUUCCACCCUGGUGUCGAGUCUUCUUUCCAACCUGGUGUCCAGUCUGCUGUGCAGCCUACUGUCGAGUCUGCUAACAAAGAGAGGAGGAAAUGGUCUCCUAAUGAGGAUAAAAUCCUCAUUGGUGCUUGGCUUAACACCAGCAAAGACCCCAUUGUCAGCUGUGACCAGAAAGCUGAACGUUUCUGGAAGAGAAUUGUUGACUACUACAACGCAAGCCCUCAACUGGUUGGGACAGUACCUAGAGAGCUUGGUCCAGCGAAGCAGCGGUGGGCUAGGAUUAACGAGCAGGUCUGUAAGUUCGUUGGAUGCUAUGAGGCGGCGUUGAGGGGGCAGAGAAGUGGUCAGAAUGAAGACGAUGUGAUGAAAGCUGCCCUCGACUCAUUCUUCAACAUUUACGAGCACAAGUUCAGCCUCGAACAUGCGUGGAGGGAGCUGAGGCAUGACCAGAAAUGGUGCACCACCUAUAUGGUUAAAGAUGGUGGGAAGGAGAAGCGCAAACAAGUGGUGGACGUUGAUACAGAAGAUGAUGUUGCCGAACCUGAAAGCAGACCAGUUGGUGUGAAAGCUGCUAAAGCAGCUGGUAAGAGGAAGAAGAGUGGCAAGGAAGAAGAGAUGUCACAGCUUCAGUCCAUCAUGGAAAUGAAAGAAAAGCUCUCUAAACAAAAGAUUCUAGAACGUUUACUUGCCAAAAAAGAUCCUCUCUCCGAGAUGGAAGAAUCUCUUAAACUGAAACUCAUGACUGAGAUGUUAUGA